AUGAGCUCACCCACUCGAACGUCGAGCAGACUGGUGUACAGAGGCAGCCUGGCGCUUCCAGACUCCCAUGUAACGCUCGAUGGCAUCGCCUUCUCAGCUAUGCUCACUGCACAGACGACCUUACUGCAAAAUCCCCUCGCCUUGGCCCUGGAAUCACUUCGUGGCAUUGCAAUACGCUUCGUCGCUGUCAUUAACCUCGCCGACGUCUAUUAUGAUAUCAAGGCAGCUCCGAGCAUUGUGCUUGAUAUACACCCCCAGGCUGUUCUUUCCACAGUUUACUUUCAGAACAUUUUCUGCCUCCGGCCAGAGCAGACACAUUCAAUAGGUGUUCAGGUCGCGCUCGGGGAUACGGACGCGACGAAUAUCGUUAUUUACGCGUCUUCCGUAGGGAAUAAUGCAUUGCGGCUGCUAGCUGCACGGAUAACGCCACCACCAGUGGUAUUACCUCGGCCUGAUGAUCCCACUCCUCGCAAGCCACCAUUACUCUUGCACGCUAAGGGUAGGGAUCUCUUCCCGCCGAAGCCUCAGUUCAAGGUUCCUGCAGUACCUGCGAAGACCUUGAAGAGGAAACCGUCUCAGGUGGAACUAGAGGUUGGGCCGACGAUAGAGAGGAAAAAUAAAGAUGUUCGUGUUUCUAUCCUUAUUUCCCUUGCUUUGGAUAUCCUAACAUUUGACAGACUGUCAAAGGAAUUGUCAAUAGAAGCAUUCCAACACAUCUCCUUCCUAAGACACAUCCAGAAUACAAGGAGGUCUUCAACUGGAUAUAUCGUGGAGUAUGCUUCGCUAUGGUGA